AUGGGUGAUGGCUUUUUAAAAGUGAUUCCCAGCCCUGAGGAACUUCUGGUAGUCAGUCUCCAGAACCAGGGCUGGAAAUGUCCAGAAGCAGGUUGUUCAUACGUGGCAGAGAAUACCAGCAUCCUAGGACUUCACAGAUCCCAGUGUCAUAACUUUAGAACCAAGCAUAAGAGAGGAGCUGAAAAUGUCCACUACCACUGCCCCAUGGCAGAUUGCUACUUUGGUCCACAGUCGGAGAGAUACUUUAAGAAUAUUGACAUUUUGAGAGCUCACUAUAUGAAAAUACAUUCAGAGAAGAAAUUUGCAUGUUCAAAGUGCAAGAAGACUUUUGGCUUAGAGAGAGACUGUCACCGUCAUGAAACAGAAUGUAAACCGAAAUCUAAAGCUGCCAGACUUUUGAACAGGACCAAAAUGAAGCCAUCAGCAGCCACUGCCAAAAAUAUCCCGCCACAGCAAAUUUUGCCGAAAAGUUUGGGCCAAACACAAAGCUUGCACAUUCAGACCGACGCCUCAGGUUGCUUGUUUUUCAUUUCCAAAAUGACAUCCAACAGUUCCACAUCCCAAGCUGUACAAACCAUCAAUAGAUCCAGUAUGACCAAGUCAGCGGCAAUACAAACAACUUUAGAUUUCAGUCCUGGGCAUAUUGUAGCUCUGAAUCCAACCAGAAGACUGUCUACUGGUAUUCAAACAGUGCGGCCAAAAAUUGGUAAUCUAAAUGUUGCUCAGACCCAAACUGGAGAUUCCAUUCUUCAGCAAGCCAUGAAAAAAGCCAGCAUUCCUGUUUUGAAUGCUAGCAAAGGAACCCAGAAAUCACAGAGUGGUCACAAGAGAAAGAAGCAGCAGAAAGUAUCUUGCACGGCAGGAUCUCAAACGUUGUAUUCUGUGACAGCAGUCAAACAAGGUAAAAUUGAGUGCCCAGGUUCGAACCAGGCAGUGCUACUGCUACAGCAAACAGUAGCAAUGUCCCCUGCUGGGAUAGCUCAAAGUGGGACGAGCCAGAAUAUUGACUUUAUGUCGACAAUGUCCACACAGACACAUCUGAGCUGUGUUUCUGAGCAAAUAUUUCCAAAACUUUACAGUUUUGAAUCUGGCAUUCAGUUGCAGGACUGCCACACACAGACUCCCACCGAUCCCCCGAGCUGUAAUCAGGUGGCUUCCUUUGAUCUGGACCAGACCAUAAUUCCCAGGGGCUUUAUACCCAACAGUGACCAGGUCACUCAGACUAGGUCAGAUUAUUUUAGCAUUGAUCAGGACACACAAACUGGCAACACAAACACCACACAAACUGGCAACACAAACAAUGUGUAUUUUAAUAGUACACCACUGCCUUUUACAUCAAUUCAGGACAGUCAGACUCAAACAGCCUUAGUUUCUUUAAAUUCUGCUGUUAUUUACAGUGAUCACAAUCAGAGAGAGUUAACCGGCAUCACAGAUGUCACCCAGGUUCAAGAUCAAAGCACUACUUGUGAAGGAUUGUUACAACUUGGCGGAAGAAGUGAUGACACAGUGAAACGUAACCUGGAGAAUGAUUCUUUCCUGUGUGCAGAACAACACCCAGAGAAAUCUGUUAGUAGAAGUGAAUCAGAUGAUCUGACUGGUUAUCUGAUGGAGGUGAUGGCUGGUGACAGUUCUGCAAGAGAAGAGUCUAGAAAUCUGCAAGAAAUCACCAAAAUGGGAGAGGAUUUAUGUGGAAGUGCUCAAAAUACUGAUGAUAAAUUAUGCUUACCUACCAUCAGUAUGGAAACCCAGACACUAGGCAGCUUAGGAAUGGACUCCAUGACUCAAACUGUAGAUGAGUUUGGAUGGGAUAUGAGCACCCAAACAGCAGACUUUCUUGCAUGGGACACGGGCACCCAGACGGCAGACUAUCUACUGACAGACAUGAUGACCCAGACAGGAGAUGAUUUGUUGGAAUUUCUUACAAAUGACACUCAUACACAAACACUAGAUGAUUUUUGCAUGAACCUAUUACCUGAUGAAACUUCUACAUCAGAUGCAAUGACUGAAGUAUGCUUGGAUGAUCUCUUUGAAGAUCACGCUAGUACACAAACUAUUUGGGACACAGAAGAUAAAAUGUUUGAUUUGCACGGAAGCUCCUUUUCACUAGAUGGAUCUCACGAAAGUUCUGAACAGGGCAGAGGGGCACACCUAGACUCCUGCUUCAUGAAAGAACAUACUGAUAGUCAGCCAGGGUACUCUGGCGCAAGUGAAAGAAAAUUGGGAAAAGUUUUGUUAUCAACUCACAUGACUUUUCCAGACCUUGGACGAGAAGUGGAAACAGCAGAGACACAGACAGCAUAUGAUCCUUUAUUUUAUAACUUACAGAAUGAAGACCCCAUGCCUCUUAGUUUGAACAGAACAGUCAAGUACCUGGAGUCCUCUCACACCCAGACCAAUCAGGACCCGAUGCUGCCUUCAGUAUGCACAGAUGAUGAUCCAGUGCCUUUCUUCAGUGGUGGUGAGGAAGCAGAAAUGUCAGAGACUCUAACUAGAAUGGAUUACACUGGUAGAGAAACAGCAGAGUGCCAGACACCAUGGGACAGUGACUGGACCUCCAUGGGGACAGCAGAGACUCAAACCAGAACAGGAUAUGGUGGUAAAGAAACAGCAGAGUGCCAGACACCAUGGGACAGUGACUGGACUUCCAUGGGGACAGCAGAGACUCAAACCAGAACAGAAUAUGGUGGUAGAGAAACAGCCGAGUGCCAGACACCAUGGGACAGUGACUGGUCCUCCAUGGGGACAGCGGAGACUCAAACCAAAACAGGAUAUGGUGGUAGAGAAACAGCAGAGUGCCAGACACCAUGGGACAGUGACUGGACUUCCAUGGGGACAGCAGAAACAUCAGAGACUCAAACCAGAACAGGAUAUGGUGGUAGAGAAACAGCAGAGUGCCAGACACCAUGGGACAGUGACUACUUUUAA